AUGUGUGAUAUACACGGACAAUACCUAGACCUAUUGAGGCUUUUUGAGUAUGGUGGCUACCCUCCCACUGAAAGCUACCUCUUUCUUGGUGAUUAUGCUGACAGAGGCAAACAAAGUUUGGAGACCAUAUGUCUGCUUCUUGCAUACAAGAUCAGGUAUCCGGAUAAAGUGUUUCUUUUAAGAGGAAACCAUGAAGAUGCCAAAAUCAACCGCAUUUAUGGGUUUUAUGACGAAUGUAAAAGGAGAUUCAAUGUCCUUUUAUGGAAGAUAUUUACAGAUUGCUUCACUUGUUUGCCAGUUGCUGCAUGGUGGUAUUUCCCCUGA